AUGAGCGAUGAUUUUGUAAUGACAAUAGACGACGACGAUAAUGUCGUUGUUAGUGAAGAAAUUGUUGAAGAAGAAGUUGUUGAAGAAAAAGCUGAAGAAAAGAAGAGUAAAAAUAAGAAGGAUAAUAAAAAGAGAAAGGCACCUGAAGAGGAUCAGGAGGAAUUCAACAAUGAAUUCACCUUUGCCAUGGACGGUGGAGGCGCAAAGGGACUCAAAAGCGGCUGGGACUUUACAACUGCAAAGGGAAUGCUCAAGCCAAAGCAGAACGAUAUUGACAGAGUGACGAUUGAUGAUAUUAUUGCCAGAAAGAAACAGGAGAGUAAGAAAAAGACUAAAAAAGUAACAGAGAAAGAAAAAGAUGAAUUUGUCGCAAGUGAAGAAGAAGACGAUGAUACCUUGGAAGCCAAAGAUACUGACCAAGCACCCUCUGAUUCUGAAGAAGAAAGCUCUGAAGAAGAAGAGAGUUCCGAAGAAGAAGAUGAUGAUGACAGUGGUGAUGAUAUUGAAAUGGACAGUGACGAAGAGGAAAAGGAAGAUGAGGCAGAGAUUCAGCGUAAAAAAGAAUACUUUGCUGAUGAAAGCGAGGUUGAUAGACAAGAUCAUGUCUCUUUUACUUCCAUGAAUCUUUCUCGACCCAUCUUGAAGGGUAUCAGCAACCUUGGCUUUAUCAAACCCACCAAGAUCCAGUCACAGACCAUUCCUCUUGCUCUUAUGGGCAAAGAUAUCUGUGGUGGCGCUGAGACAGGUUCAGGUAAAACCGCAGCCUUCAUCAUCCCUAUCCUGGAACGUUUACUAUACAGACCUCGUCAGACACCAUCUACACGUGUGCUCAUUCUCUGUCCUACUCGUGAAUUGGCUGCACAAGUUCAUGACGCUGCUGUCAAGUUGGCGGCCUACACCGAUAUCUCUUUCUGUUUGUGUGUGGGUGGAUUGAGUUUGAAGACACAGGAACAAGAGUUGAAGCUGAAGCCAGACGUUGUUGUUGCCACACCAGGUCGUUUAAUUGAUCAUGUACGCAACACCUCUGGAUUCCACUUGGAUGCUUGUGAAAUCUUGGUUAUGGACGAAGCUGAUCGUAUGUUGGAAGAUGGUUUUGCGGAUGAAUUAGGAGAGAUUAUCAAGUCAUGUCCCCAAUCUAGACAAACCAUGCUUUUCUCUGCUACAAUGACAGAUAAUGUCGAUCAAUUGAUCCGUAUGUCUUUACAUAACCCUGUUCGUCUGUUUGUGAAUUCCAGCAAUCAAGCUGCAUCUCGUCUUGUGCAAGAAUUUAUUCGUAUCCGUCAAGCACGUGAAGCAGAUCGUUCAGCUGUACUUCUUGCAUUAUGUAAAAAGACGUUCAAGACCAAAGUCAUCAUUUUCUUCCGAUCCAAGGCUGCAGCACAUCAAAUGAAAAUUUUGUUUGGACUCAUGGGACUGAACGCAGCUGAACUCCAUGGUAAUCUGACGCAGGAGCAGCGAUUGGAAGCAUUAGAAAGAUUCAGAGAUCAUGAAGUAGACUACUUAUUAGCCACAGAUUUAGCUGCUAGAGGUUUGGAUAUCAAGGGAAUUGAGACAGUCAUCAAUUACAAUAUGCCAACUCAAUUCGCACAAUACCUUCAUCGUGUGGGUCGUACGGCAAGAGCUGGUCGAAACGGACGAUCCGUCACUUUGGUAGGAGAAGCAGACAGAAAAAUGUUAAAGAUGGCCAUAAAAUCAACUGCAGGAUCACAGGUCAAGAACCGCGUUGUUCCUGCUGAAUUAGUUCAGAAAUUCAAGCUAAAGAUUGAAAAGUUACAGAAAAAGAUCAAGGAAGUUUUAGAGGAAGAAAAGGAAGAAAAAGCAAUUAGAAAUGCAGAGAUGCAACUCAAACGAAGCGAAAACUUGAUAAAACAUCAAGAUGAGAUCAUGUCACGACCUGCUAGAACUUGGUUUCAAUCAGAAAAAGACAAGAAAAAGGCAAAACAUCAAGCCACAGAACCAAAACAAGAAAAAGUAGAAAAGAAGACAAAGAAGGAUAAAUAUGAAGGUAUGAGCAGAAGAAAGAGAAGAAGAUUGCAAGCAAUGGAAGAAGAAGCAGAAGAAAGAAGGCUGCAAAAGGAAGAGAAUGAAAGCAAAAAGAAGAAAUAA